ACAGGGGAGCGCCAGGGAGGUGCGCGCGCGCUCCGGCGCUUUCUAAAGUUACCUGGCGGGUGGGGCUGGAGUUGAGGGAGUUACCAGCUGCGCGCGCGCCAGCCCCACCCUCAGCCUCUUCAGGCACCUGUUGGCUUGAGGGUCCACUCGGCCGCAGAUGCCAUCCAAUAGGCAGCCUCCCUGACCCAGUCCGGCCCCGCCCAACGCCUAGAGCCACCAAUCCCUGGGCGGCCGCGUUCCCCUCCCUCGGAGGGCCCGCCCCUCUGGGCGCUUCUUCCGGGUGGGGCCCCGGGCCGAGGCGAUGGCGCCCUGGGCGCUCCUCAGCCCUGGGGUCCUGGUGCGGACCGGGCACACCGUGCUGACCUGGGGAAUCACGCUGGUGCUCUUCCUGCACGAUACCGAGCUGCGGCAAUGGGAGGAGCAAGGGGAGCUGCUCCUGCCCCUCACCUUCCUGCUCCUGGUGCUGGGCUCCCUGCUGCUCUACCUCACUGUGUCACUCAUGGACCCUGGCUACGUGAAUGUGCAGCCCCAGCCUCAGGAGGAGCUCAAAGAGGAGCAGACAGCCAUGGUUCCUCCAGCCAUCCCUCUUCGGCGCUGCAGAUACUGCCUGGUGCUGCAGCCCCUGAGGGCUCGGCACUGCCGUGAGUGCCGCCGUUGCGUCCGCCGCUACGACCACCACUGCCCCUGGAUGGAGAACUGUGUGGGAGAGCGCAACCACCCACUCUUUGUGGUCUACCUGGCGCUGCAGCUGGUGGUGCUGCUGUGGGGCCUGUACCUGGCAUGGUCAGGCCUCCGGUUCUUCCAGCCCUGGGGUCUGUGGUUGCGGUCCAGCGGGCUCCUGUUCGCCACCUUCCUGCUGCUGUCCCUCUUCUCGUUGGUGGCCAGCCUGCUCCUCGCCUCGCACCUCUACCUGGUGGCCAGCAACACCACCACCUGGGAAUUCAUCUCCUCACACCGUAUCGCCUAUCUCCGCCAGCGCCCCGGCAACCCCUUCGACCGAGGCCUGACCCGCAACCUGGCCCACUUCUUCUGUGGAUGGCCCUCAGGGUCCUGGGAGACCCUCUGGGCUGAGGAGGAGGAAGAGGGCAGCAGCCCAGCUGUUUAGGGUUGCUGGAGGCCGGGCUACCGUCUUGUGCCUGAAAACCACGGGGCCUGUCCCCAGCUGGGGUGAGCGCUCAGAGGGCCCGGGCCCCAGAAUGGAGCUUCAAGUCAGACAGAUCCCUGCCUUGGUGGGCAGUUCUGCCUUCCAAGGAAGAAGGGGAAGAAAAGGACCUGUGGGCGGCUCAGGCCCAAGCAGACCCCAGGCUCCACUCCAGCCCCGCCCAGGCUGCUGCCAGUGCACACUUUUACAAAUUUAAUAUAAAGCAAGUCCAGUCUUAAAAAGACAAA